AUGGAACAGCAUCUACCAAAAAAUGACAAGAAACCGCUUUCUGAACUGUUGGAGCGUACCGAGCCGUACUUCAUGGGCAUUUUCUGUUUGGAAUGUGUGCUGAAGGUUAUUGCCUUCGGAUUUAUUGCUCACAAGGGAUCCUACUUGAGAUCCGGAUGGAAUAUCAUGGACUUCAUAGUAGUUGUCUCUGGAGUGGUGACGAUGCUUCCCGUGUCACCUGCUGCAGCCGGCGGUGGAUCUGGCCAAGUUGAGACCGUGGACUUGCGAACGCUGCGUGCCGUGAGGGUCUUACGACCGCUCAAACUAGUCAGUGGCAUCCCGAGUUUACAAGUGGUAUUGAAGUCGAUUCUGUGCGCAAUGGCGCCACUACUGCAAAUCGGUUUGCUGGUUUUGUUCGCCAUUGUAAUUUUUGCUAUCAUCGGCCUUGAGUUCUACUCUGGGGCGUUCCACUCGGCUUGCUAUAAUGAACGAGGAGAAAUCGAAAAUGUCAGCGAAAAACCCUCGCCUUGCACGAAUAAAACCACUACUAUGGGAGUUUAUAACUGCGAUGUGCCAGGCACUACAUGUCUGAACAAGUGGAUUGGACCCAAUUACGGUAUCACUUCGUUCGACAAUAUAGCCUUCGCAAUGAUUACUGUCUUUCAAUGCAUUACCAUGGAAGGUUGGACAACGGUCAUGUACUACACGAACGAUUCUCUGGGAAGUACGUACAACUGGGCAUAUUUCAUUCCUCUUAUCGUUCUCGGAUCCUUUUUCAUGCUGAAUCUCGUCCUUGGAGUUCUAUCCGGUGAGUUUGCAAAGGAAAGAGAGCGUGUCGAAAAUCGGCGUGAGUUUCUCAAACUUCGUCGACAACAACAAAUCGAACGUGAACUUAAUGGCUACCUUGAGUGGAUUAUGGCGGCGGAAGAAGUUAUACUCAAGGAGGAACGAACUACUGAGGAGGAGAAGCAAGCGAUUUUGGACGGUCGUCGACGGGCUGAGACUAAGAAAAAGAUGAAAGACUCAUCAAAGCAACAGUCAACAGAGACGGAAGAAGAUCUUGAAGAAGAGGAAGAAGAACUGGACGAUGAAUAUCUUGAUGAGGGAGGCGAGAAAGCACGGUACUCUUCGAAUCUCCUUUUUUCAGUUCAAAUGCGGGUAAUAGUAAAAACACAAGUAUUUUAUUGGUCCGUCAUCACGUUGGUUUUUCUUAACACGGCAUGCGUCGCAUCUGAGCAUUACGGGCAACCACCGUGGCUUACGGAGUUUUUACAAUAUGCUGAGUACGUCUUCUUAGGAAUUUUUAUAAUGGAAGUCUUGCUCAAACUGUUUGCCAUGGGUUCCCGAAUGUAUUUCGCAUCAAAGUUCAAUCGUUUCGAUUGUAUUGUCAUUGUCGGUUCUGCUUUUGAAGUGAUUUGGGCUGAAGCGAAAGGCGGCUCUUUCGGUAUUUCUGUUUUGCGCGCACUUCGAUUGCUCAGAAUUUUCAAACUAACAUCGUACUGGGUUUCGCUUCGUAAUUUGGUUCGUUCACUAAUGAACUCAAUGAGGAGCAUCAUUUCAUUGUUAUUUCUCCUUUUUCUUUUCAUUCUCAUAUUUGCACUGCUUGGAAUGCAACUAUUUGGAGGAAAAUUUAAUUUUCCUACAAUGCACCCCUACACGCAUUUCGAUACGUUCCCUGUUGCCUUAAUCACUGUAUUCCAGAUAUUGACGGGUGAAGAUUGGAACGAGGUUAUGUACCUGGCCAUCGAAGCACAAGGCGGUAUAUAUGGCGGUGGCAUGGUGUACUGUAUAUAUUUUAUUGUUCUGGUGCUUUUCGGAAAUUAUACACUGUUGAAUGUAUUCUUGGCUAUUGCUGUAGAUAAUUUGGCAAAUGCUCAGGAACUCACAGCAGCUGAAGAAGCUGAUGAAAAAGCGAAUGAGAUGGACGAUAGCGAAGAGGAUGAACCAGAUGGCGGCCAUUGUGCCAUUGAUAUGAAUGGGAAUGAUCCAGAUGAAGGUAGGUGUUUUUCAGUUUAUUGUCCCUGUUUAGAAGAGGAAUUCGAGGAAGAGGAGUCGCCGUUUGGAGGACCGCGUCCGAUGGUGCCCUACACAUCAAUGUUUUUUCUUUCUCCAUCAAAUCCGUUGCGCGUACUGGUUCACAGCAUUGUUUGCACAAAAUACUUCGAGAUGAUGGUCAUGGGAGUGAUUUGUCUGUCAUCGAUCUCGCUGGCUGCGGAAGACCCAGUAGAUGAAGAUAAUCCGAGGAAUAAAGUACUACAAUAUAUGGAUUAUUGUUUCACUGGUGUGUUUGCAUGCGAAAUGUUGCUCAAGCUGAUCGACCAAGGUAUUAUACUCCAUCCCGGAUCGUAUUGUCGUGAUUUUUGGAACAUUCUCGAUGGUGUUGUCGUGACAUGCGCUCUCGUUGCGUUUGGAUUCGCUGGCACUGAAGGAUCCGCUGGUAAGAACUUAAACACCAUCAAAUCACUAAGGGUGCUUCGCGUACUGCGGCCACUCAAGACCAUCAAAAGAAUACCGAAGCUCAAGGCUGUCUUCGACUGUGUGGUUAAUUCACUUAAAAACGUCUUCAACAUUUUAAUAGUAUAUUUCUUGUUUCAAUUCAUUUUUGGAGUAAUUGCUGUACAGUUGUUCAAUGGAAAGUUCUUUUACUGCACAGACAAAACUAAACGCUUCGCAUACCAAUGUCAUGGCCAGUUCUUCAUUUUUGACAAUCAGAAUGAACCACCACGAGUUGAGCAGCGUGAAUGGAGACUGCGUCCAUUCAACUACGACAACACCAUCAACGCCAUGCUUACCUUAUUCGUUGUCACUACGGGUGAGGGAUGGCCAGGUAUUCGUCAGAACUCUAUGGACACCACGUUCGAGGAUCAGGGGCCUAGUCCGUUUUAUCGUGUAGAGGUAGCGCUUUUUUACGUUAUGUUUUUUGUUGUGUUCCCGUUCUUCUUUGUCAACAUUUUCGUCGCUCUGAUCAUUAUUACAUUUCAAGAGCAGGUGGGUCUUUGUUUCUUGUUUGUAGCAGCUAAGCAGUGCAUAGACUUUGCACUGAAUGCUCGACCACGUUCACUAUUCAUGCCAGAAGACAAGAAUUCCAUUAAGUAUCGCAUCUGGAGGCUUGUCACUUCAGCGCCAUUCGAGUAUUUCAUCAUGGCAAUGAUUUGUUGCAACACUAUUAUACUCAUGAUGAAAUUCCAUGGAAAUUCCGAUUUCUACGAAAAAGUUCUAAGAUUAUUCAAUACUGCUCUCACAGCUGUGUUCACCGUUGAAAGUAUUCUAAAAAUCCUCGCAUUUGGAGUUAGGAACUAUUUUCGCGAUGGAUGGAAUAGAUUUGAUUUUGUCACAGUGGUUGGUUCAAUAACUGAUGCGUUGGUAACUGAGUUUGGAGGACAUUUCGUUUCUCUCGGUUUUCUUCGACUGUUUCGGGCCGCUAGAUUGAUCCGUCUUCUGCAGCAAGGUUACACCAUUCGCAUUCUUUUGUGGACGUUCGUGCAGAGUUUCAAGGCGCUUCCUUACGUCUGUUUGUUGAUCGGCAUGCUAUUCUUCAUUUACGCGAUCGUAGGUAUGCAGGUCUUUGGUAAUAUAUGGCUGAACGCUGCCACCGAAAUCAAUCGGCACAACAAUUUUCAGUCAUUCUUCAAUUCUGUGAUACUUCUUUUUCGAUGUGCCACUGGAGAAGGUUGGCAGGAUAUCAUGAUGGCGUGUGGUGCACAAAAAGACUGUGCACGUGCUGGAUCUGAUGAAAUCAAUUACGAUAAGGGCCAGACAUGUGGUAGCAACGUCAGUUACGCGUACUUUACGUCAUUUGUGUUCCUCUCGUCAUUUUUGAUGCUGAAUCUUUUCGUUGCCGUAAUUAUGGAUAAUUUCGACUACCUAACUAGGGACUCAUCGAUUCUCGGUCCUCAUCAUCUAGACGAAUUUAUUCGUGUUUGGGCCGAUUAUGACCCAGCAGCGACUGGGCGGAUUCACUACACGGACAUGUAUGACAUGCUACGAAACAUCACCCCACCGGUCGGAUUCGGUCGGAAAUGUCCCUAUCGACUUGCAUACAAGCAUCUCGUCCGCAUGAACAUGCCAGUGGCUGAAGAUGGCACCGUGCAUUUCACCACAACCCUAUUCGCUCUCAUUCGAGAAAGUCUUAGUAUCAAAAUGCGACCUGUUGAAGAAAUGGAUGAAGCAGAUGAAGAGCUAAGACAAACACUGAAAAAGAUUUGGCCACUUAAAGCGAAGAAGAACAUGAUUGAUCUAGUGGUACCUCCAAACCAUGAGCUCUGUUUUCAAAAACUGACUGUAGGGAAAAUCUACGCGGGUCUGCUAAUUCUCGAAAAUUAUCGAGCGAAGAAGAGUGGAACAGAGGUUGGAACAUUCAACUAA